CACGUUUAAAAAACAUAGACUCACAUGCAGGGUAUUCCUGCCCUAACUACUCACUCUAUAAAGCCCAAGAUAUUUUCUGAGGUUUAGUUGAUUCUGAUAUUUGGAGCUUAAACCCUAGCCGCUUCACUACUCUUCCUCUCUUCGGGAACAUUGAAGGCGUGAAGUUUGGUUAAGAAUCAUCAUGGCAUUGUGUAACAAGCUUGGAAAUUUCUUGAGACAGAGUGCUUCCGGAAGCGGAUUAGCACCUGUUCCAUCGAUGCUCAAUUAUAUUCGCUGCAUGUCCUCAAGCAGGCUUUUCAUUGGGGGCCUUUCAUACGGAGUUGAUGACCAGUCUCUUCGGGAUGCAUUCUCCGGCUUUGGGGAUGUGGUUGAUGCAAGGGUGGUCACUGAUAGAGACACCGGAAGAUCAAGAGGUUUUGGAUUUGUCAACUUCUCAAGCGACGAGUCUGCAAGCUCAGCACUCAGUGGAAUGGAUGGGCAGGAUCUAAACGGCCGAGUGAUCAGGGUGAGCUAUGCUAAUGAUAGGCCUACUGGACCUCGGGGUGGUGGCGGUGGUUUCGGUGGUGGUGGUGGUGGUUAUGGGGGAGGUGGUUACCGUAGAGGUGGAGGUGGUGGUUAUGGUGAUCCAGACUUCUAGAUCACAGUGCCCCUCUGCAUGUUUACAGUUCUUUGGGUUGUGUCUCAAACUUAAACUAAGAUUGCUCAGGUGGUAAAUUAGCAACUAGAUAUGUUAGGGUUUAUGGAAUUUCUUAUGUUUUUUCCGCUAUAUUAAUGGAGCAUUUGUUUCUAAUGCA